AUGGGAGGAAAAAUAUCAAAACAAGAAGAACAAAAGAAAGAAUAUACAGGACAACCAGAAGGAACACCUUAUUAUGAAAUUCAAGGAUGUGAAUUAGCUAAAAUGAUUAGUACUAAUAAUAAAGAAAUUUAUGAUAAAUAUGGAGGAAUUAUUGGAAUUAGUAAAAUUCUUAAAAAAAUUUGGUUUGAAGCACUUCAAGACAAAACACUUAUUAUUCUUAUUAUUGCAGCAAUUAUAUCAUUAAUAUUAGCAUUUGUUGUACCUAAUUCAGUUAAUAAAUGUUUAAAUAAAGAAAAAGAAGAAAAUAAAGAAAUUAAUACAGAUUGGAUAGAAGGAAUAGCUAUUUUACUUGCAGUUCUUGGAGUUUCACUUGGAGGAUCAGUAUCAGAUUAUUCUAAACAAAAAAAAUUUUUAGCUCUUUCAAAAGAAGAAAAAGAUGUUGGAAUUAAAGUUAUUAGAAAUGGAAAAAAUCAAAAAAUAUCAAUAUUUAAUUUAACUGUUGGAGAUAUAGUUAAUUUAGAUGUUGGAGAUAUUAUUCCAGCUGAUGGAAUUUAUAUUCAUGGGAAUGAUCUUUAG